UUUCUGGCAAUGGCUGUGGCCCGGGCGCCCGCGAAGGUGAUCCUGUGUGGGGAGCAUGCCGUCGUCCACGGAUCCACUGGCGUGGCCGCCGCCAUUGGGAUCUACACGCACGCACGGAUCGAGAGAGGAGACUCCCCCAGCUUUCUUCUCGUGCUGCCUGAUCUCAAUGUGACGCUGGAGUGGUCGCUGGAUUUCAUCCGGCAGGAGCUGGGGAUUUCGGCGCUGGAGGAAGUGGAUCCCAUGGCUGUGCGGCAGGAUCUCGCAGGGAAACUGGCGGCAUUGCUGGAGAAGCGAGGGACUGGUGGGAAUUGUGAGCUUCCUCCCGAGUUUUCUGGUGGAAAACUAGCAGGAGUGGUGGCUGUUUUGUUCCUCUACGUCUCCAUCGUCGGGUUGAAGCCGGUGGUCUUGACGAUCGACUCGGAGAUUCCCAUGUCUUGCGGGCUUGGAUCCUCGGCAGCUCUAGCAGUCUCAGUGGCUGCCUCGCUCCUGGCUUUCGCUCGUCCCCAAAGGGAUGGGAAGCUUGCUGGGAGCAAUUGGAUCGGCGUUUGCGAGGACGAUGCACGGCUCAUCAGCAGCUGGGCUUUCGAGGCAGAGAAGAUCAUCCAUGGAAAUCCAUCCGGGAUCGACAAUACAGUGUGUACUUUCGGAAACGUUGUCAAGAUGAAGAAUGACAAGAGAGAAGUGCUCACAAACCUGGCCUCGCUGCAAAUGCUUAUCACGAACACCAAAGUUCCCAGAGACACCAAGAAAUUGGUGAGCGGCGUUCGUCAGCUCAAGGAGAAGCACCCCAAGGUCAUGUCUGGCAUCUUUGAUGUUAUCGAUUCCAUCUCGGAAGACUUUCUCGGGAUCCUCCAGUCACAGCCCGCGACUGAUCAGUCCCAGCAGGAAAAGCUGGAGGAGCUCGUCGUUUUGAACCAAGGUCUUCUUGGAACGAUUGGAGUGAGUCAUGCGUCCAUUGAGAAGAUUUGCAAGAUCACAGCCAAGUACGGCUUGAAAUCCAAGCUCACCGGAGGAGGAGGUGGCGGCUGCGUGAUCACUUUACUUCCAAGAGGACUGUCUCCAAAGGUCUUGGAACAAGUGAGCGACGAUCUAAACAGCUCUGGGUUUGAAUGCUUACAAGCAGAAGUUGGUGUUCAAGGAGUCCAGAUUUUGCAAUAGCAUCGAAGGUUUGCUCGAUUCAAGACUGGUUUUUCUCCCUGAAGCACUUGGUACAUUCGCACGCGAAGCCGUAGUCCGACAGCAUUGCUUGUCUCUCGGUGUACGAUAAAUCUUCCUCCUCGAUGUAUGAGGUGAAAAUCUGAAAACCAUUUUGAGUGAAAACAAGAAAGAAAGAUUUGAUUCACCUGUUCU